AUGGGAGACGAGUAUGAACAGUUGGGACCGAUUGGCGACUUACCUCCUCCUGACGCUCCGCCUCCUCCAUCUCCGCUACCCCCACCUCCACCACCUCCUGCUGGAGAUGGAAAGAAACCGUCUUCCGCUACUCCAGGAGCUUCAGCAAAAUCAGCAGAGAAAAAAGAUAAAAAAGCAGAUGAUGGUUCGAGUGCAUCUUCUAGCAAAAAGAAAAAGGCACCAAAGAGCAAAAAGAAAGGUUCCGAGGUCUCAGGAGAGGUAGGAAAAGAAGAAGAAGGAGAAGGAGAAGAGAAGAGGAAAUUUGUGACGAACAAUUGUCUACUGUGUUCAGCGGCAGCAAUUAUUUUCACAGCAUCGAUCCUUGUGGCAGUUUUAAUCGUCAUUCAUCUCACUGGUGUUGCCGAUGUUGCCCAAUUUAUCAGUGACACAAUGUUCACUAUGGGAUUGAGAUGA